AAAGAAUGUAGCUAAAUGCCAUUAAAAACUCGGUAGAUCACGCUAGACGCAACGAAACUGUGCGCAUGGUGAAGCUGCAUUAGUACAAUUUUCUAUUAGUUUUAUUUUUUGGAACUGAACGGCAGCGAGGAAAUGUCCUGGUGGCCGCGCGGUGAGGAUGGGGAGGAGACGGUGUAUCAGGACACAGACUCGGAUGUAGCGGAGCAACGGGAGAGUGGAAAGGUCAAGGUGAAAUGGACCCAGGAAGAGGAUGAUAAUCUGAGAACUUUGGUUCAGAAUUUUGGACAGAAUGAUUGGAAGACAAUAGCCAGCUUCUUACCAAAUCGCACAGAACACCAGUGCCAGCACCGCUGGUAUAAAGUUCUGGACCCAGACCUUGUGAAGGGCCCCUGGACCAAGGAAGAAGAUGAGAAGGUGAUAGAGCUGGUAAAUAAAUAUGGCAACAAGCAGUGGGCUAUGGUAGCCAAGCACCUGAAAGGCAGGUUGGGUAAGCAGUGCCGAGAGCGCUGGCACAACCACCUUAAUCCUGAUGUGAAGAAGUCUUCGUGGACGGCUGAGGAGGACCUAAUCAUAUAUAAGGCCCACUGUGUGCUUGGCAACCGCUGGGCUGAGAUUGCCAAGCUGCUCCCUGGGAGGACGGACAAUGCAGUGAAGAACCACUGGAAUUCCACCAUCAAGCGCAAGGUGGAGAUGGGCUGCUACGCUGGGGAGGAUGUUCCACUUAAGAUUGUCCCUCAGCUGGAACAAGGGGAGGUUAGCAGCCAUCACAGUAAUGACCAUGAGGUGGAGUUCCCCUGUGAUAUUGUUCUAGAGGCGGACACUGAACCAGGGGCAGUAGAGCAGGAGUCUUCUCGCUCCUCCGCUGUGAGAGUCCUGCCCACGAGGGAAGUGGUCACCCCUAAGUCAUCUUCCCCCCAUCAGCCUGGUGGAGGGCUGACCCCCAAAAGUGAGUCAGACGCCUCAGGAGAGGCAAACAACAAUCGUUGGGUGGUGGACAGUGCUGGCUUCCUCUCACCCACAUCUGGCCCUGCCCUCAAAGAGGUGUUGGAACUGAUGGAUGGGGAUCUGGAGGGAUGGUGUGACCCAACGGUCUUUGACCUGCCAGAGGAGAGCCAAGGCUCAGAGGUCCUUCAGUUUCGGCUAGAAGGGAGCGCACUGCAGGAACUGAGCCGCAGCAGUCGGGGGGAACUGAUACCCAUCUCGCCCGGCGGGGCCACCCCUCCCUCGAUCCUAACCCGCCGCAGCCGGCGUCGCAUUGCCCUGUCCCCUGACCCCAAUGACACCAUGACCCCCAAAAGCACCCCUGUGAAGAUUCUGCCGUUCUCCCCCUCUCAGUUCCUCAACAUGUGGACCAAGCAGGAUACCCUAGACCUGGAGAACCCAUCCCUCACAUCCACCCCUGUUUGCAGCCAGAAGGCUAUUGUCACCACUCCAUUGCAUCGCGACAAGACUCCACUCACACAGAAAGAGAACUCUAUUUUCAUUACUCCCAACCAUAAAUCUGACCUGGACACAACCCCCCGCACACCGACGCCCUUCAAAAAUGCCUUGGAGAAAUAUGGGCCACUGAGACCCCUGCCCCCGACUCCAAACCUGGAAGAGGAUCUGAAAGAAGUCCUGCGCAGUGAAGCAGGAAUUGAGCUCAUCGUGGUGGAUGAGCCGCCGGCUGAGCAGAGACGCAAGCAGGUGCAUCGACCACCAAUGAAGAAAGUGCGCAAGUCCCUGGCACUGGAUGUUAUGGACUGCACAGACAGUGCAACUGCGAGACUCCAGCCUGCAAACUCCUCCUCUUCCUCCAUCUCCAUACCCAGCCCAAAGAAGGAUGAAAAUGUUUUGGAUCAGGGAUUCAUCCUGGCUCCAAACGAGUGUGGCCCUGAUCCCAGCCCAGUGCCCCCAACCCCGAUGUCACAAGCAUGGGAAGCUGUGGUGUGUGGACGAACAAAGGACCAGCUCAUCAUGACAGAGAAAGCUCGCCGUUACCUGCGGGCGCUAAAACCCAACCCCACAAACCGAGCUCUCAUCCUGUCUUAAGUGGAGUGCAUCCUCAUGGCUAACUACCGCCUUUGUUCUUCAUUGGAAGACAUUUCAGACACUUCACAUACAAGCAAUUCACCUCCUCGCAAGGCUUACAACUAUAGUAAUUACAAUAAUUACCAUCCUAAGAACGUCUGAAGAUUUUUGCUGGGGAAUUCAAUACAGGGGUAAAACUGAAGUGGUGGUUUGUUUUUUUUUCUUCACCAAAAAUGUCAUGUACUAGUUUUGUGGAAGUACUUCUAUUAACCAGUCCUCACUUAUUUAAUAAAUCAGGACAUGUCCUAUCCUCUCCCCAUAUUUGACAGUACUGCUAAACAUCAAUAAUGUUUAUUUCUUAAU